GUUAUUUCCUGUGCGCGUUUUGUGAUGCGUGUAGUGCAAUCACGAACUUUGAAAACCACGUGAAAACAAGAUUCAGCAAUAGAUUAAAUCGUCAAGAAAUAUAAAAUUAUUUUUUUCUUCAUCUUAAGAAGAAGUAGGUUCAAAAAAGUUUCAGCUGAUCUUCAAGCAGUUAUUUUAAGUGCAGAAAUGAAGCUGUACUGCCUAUCUGGUCACCCCACCCUGCCAUGUAAUGUUCUCAAGUUCAAAUCAACUACCAUCAUGCUUGAUUGUGGCCUGGACAUGACUUCUGUAUUAAACUUCAUACCUUUGCCGCUAGUUCACAGUUCAAGACUUUCAACCUUGCCUUCAUGGAUUAUGAAAGAUGGAAACUCUAUAUUAGAAAAGGGGUUUAAAGAUUGUGCUGGUCGAGUUUUCAUUGACUCCUUACCUGAAUUCUGCCUACCAGAGAAGGAACUUUUGGAUCUUUCAACCAUUGAUGUGAUUCUGAUUUCCAACUACCACUGCAUGAUGGCUCUUCCAUAUAUCACUGAACAUACUGGAUUCACAGGCACUGUUUAUACCACGGAGCCUACUCUCCAGAUUGCCAGACUCUUAAUGGAAGAGCUUGUGCAUUUUAUUGAAAGAGUUCCAAAGGAUCAGUCUGCUGUCUACUGGAAGAGCAAAGAAAUGUGGAGGCUUCUUCCAUCUUCACUUAAAGAUGCUGUAGAUGUCACAACAUGGAAACCCUGCUAUAACAUUCAAGAUGUAAAUGCAGCUCUCAGCAAGGUCCAGUUAGUUGGAUACUCACAAAAAAUUGAGCUGUUUGGUGCUGUCCAAAUCACUCCACUAAGCUCUGGAUACUCAUUAGGAAGUUGCAAUUGGAUUAUUCAAUCCCAUUACGAAAAAGUGUCAUGUGUGUCUGGAUCAUCUCUACUUACCACCCACCCACAGACCACCACCGGUCCACAGAAGGGCUGUUUCCUCCUUGUGCGGAAGAACGACAACAGGCGUUGCUGGAGUGCAGUGGGCUCCUACGAGUGCCUCAAGGUUCCUCGGACACACAUGACCCGGGAGACGCGUGCUGAUCUGCGGGGCUUCGUCAGCGCGGUGGCAGCAGGAGAAGCUGUGGAGAAGGAGGGACACCAUGACAGUUUGGGUCUCCCUAUGGGAAAGUUUCACUUACCUGCCCCACCGCACCCCUCCGGCCGAAGACUCCAGCGUCGCGCCAAUCCGGCCACUGUUGCAGCGUUGUUGUGGACGCGACUGCCUUCACCUCCAGCUCCUUUAACCCUCUACGGAGGACGCGUAUCACCUGCAAAAGCAACUCUGCGGGCUAAAGGCACUCCUCCAGAGCCGCCGGCAAUCACAGAAAGUCAGCCGACGGUGGACAUACCUGUCGAUCAGUCACACACGCUGGCUGCUUCUUGUGGGGCCUCUACUUCGGCCCAGUUGGCUUCUCCUGCUGACAAAGCCCAGCAGAUCGGCACGCAUCUGCCACCAACGCAAAUCCGGGCAGUCCCUGCCUGCAACACAGAAUCUAUGACUAUACGUAGUGGAGGUAAUGUUCUGGUUCCCUGCUAUCCAUCAGGAGUCGUCUAUGACCUUCUUGAAUGCCUUUAUCAGUUUAUCGACUCUGCCAGCCUUAAUUCCACUCCUUUCUACUUCAUAUCUCCAGUUGCAAAUAGUUCUCUUGAGUUCUCACAGAUAUUUGCGGAAUGGCUUUGUCAAAGUAAACAAUCAAAAGUGUAUCUUCCAGAACCUCCUUUCCCUCAUGCUGAGCUUGCAGAUUCACUUAUGCCAAUUGAAAUGAAGCCUGGCGUUUCUGUUGCAACCAUCUCAGCUACACUGCACUCAAAGGACAAUAAACAUGUGUUGCAGCCUCCUCUUAAAACAAUGGUUCCCCCACUUUCUAAGAAGAGAAAGCGUGUGAUUGAAGAACCCACUGAACUCAAAGCACCUAAACCAUUGCUUAGUGGAACAAUACCAGUUGAGUUAUUUCUGGCUACUCUGCAUAAGGUCCCAGAGUCUGGAGGAAGAGAGGAGAGGCACAGUGCCAAAGCUGCCAGUAACUGA